CUUGGAAACAUGUUGGGGCGGAAGCGCGACUUUUUCAAGCGCUUUGCGCAGGAACGUUUUGCUGCGCAACUCUCCUCUAAAGAUCGCUCUCGCAAGGCUCCGCAACCAGAGUCAGCCGCACCUACUUCUGAAAAUGAGGAAUCAUACUUGGCGCCUGAAAGUCCAACGACCCAUGUCGAUGCAACAUCUCUGAGUUCUAAAGAGAUUCCAAGACCAGUCUAUGAUGCAGGAGAAACGAUUGCUCCCAUCGAAUCCAAUUCGGCUGAACUCGAAGCGUCACAACAAAAGUCUGAAAUCGUGGUCGACGAUGACUCAAACGACGAGUCUGGUGCAGAGACAGCAGCUUUUGGAAUAUAUAAAGGCAAAGGCAGGGCUGAGGAAGAGUUAGAGUCAAUUGCGACUGAUGACCAAGUGGUAGAAGGCACCGGUUCUGAAGAGGUAGAGUCAAAAAAUCAAGAAAAGGCCAAAACGCCUGUGACCAGCUUUUGGGACUUGGCCUACGAACAACUUUCAAAGGUCGACAAGAGUCGAGCAAUCCUUGAAGAUCACGACAUCAUUGUGGAGCGUGUGAAACAGCUCGGGGAUGGAAACAUUGCCCUGGACGAGGCGAAUCCCGUUACCGAUGAGAAGUAUGGAGAAACUAAACCUGAAGCCAGGCAGAUAACCUUUGUCGGCAAGGAGGCCGCAAUGAAAGCCUUUGUAUCCGACAGAAUGAAGCAAAUGGAGACCAAGGAAUGGGUCGUUCGAUGGAAAGGAAAAGAAGUGUUCAAUGUCAGAAGAAGCAUCCACCAGGUCGUCAAAAUCGUACAGAAGUUCUCUGGGCUUGCGAGUCAAGCGGCAAGUCUUGACCUCCUUCACGCUGGCUUGGCUUGGGCUGGUGUCUGUUGUGUAUUGCCACUCAUAAUUUCUGAUACCGAGGAACGCCAAAAGGCCAUAGACGGCGUCUCAUCUGUUGCUCAAGUUACUGCACGAUAUAUGAUGGUUGAGCAGGACUACUUUCAGAAGAACCUGGGACAGAACAAAGAUUUUGAAGAAGUUAUGAUUAGUCGUUACAAGGAGAUCGUCAAGUUUUACGCCAAGGCAGCACGCUAUUUUGCUCGGAAAACUCUUGCUAGAUGGUUGCUUAACGUUGUCAAAGCCGACGAUUGGACGAGUGCUUUGAAAAGCAUCACCAGCGCCGACGAAGAGUGUCGCAAAUUCGCAAACAAUCAAUAUCUCUCGGUAAUUCUGCACGGCCAAGCGGAGACCAUCCGGAUCCUACAGAGCAUACAGUCCGUCGUAGCGGAGCAACAUCUCGCUGACAUGUUGAGAUGGAUAUCUAAAAUCGACAUAGGUGCACAACACGAUUUCGUGAGGGAUAAGUUGCAGGAAAAGUACUUUGUGUACAUUUCUGGCUUCGUGGAGCUGUCGGAACCGGAAAGAGCUCUCGUGUGGAUCAUUAUCGAACAUCUUCGAAGACAGCAAGAAGACGUAGUCUUUUUCUACUGCAAUGCCACCUUGCAAAGUCCCCAGGCAGAACAUAAACCUACAAUCGCAAUUCUAAGAGUCCUGGCCAAACAACUCUCUGUGUCAUCCGAUAGGAAAUGCAUCGCGGAAGAAGUCACGAUCCAAUACGAGAAGCUAAACAAUCCAGGCCCAACGGGCUCCCAGCUUGGAGACUCGGAAGUUUCAAAACUCCUCAUAAGUUUGAUCGAUAGUCGCAGCAAAAUCAUCGUACUCGUUGACGCCUUGGACGAAUGCCCCGAGUACAUUAAACUUCUUGUUCUCCUCCGACACCUAUCUCAAAAAACGGCCAAACUCAAAUUCUUCUUCUCUAGUCAGCUGGUCGUGCCAGUCAACGAGUACUUUCCUACCAUCCGAACGAUCACCAUCAAUCCAGAAGGUGAUUUGCCCAGUCCCAACAAGGAUGACAUAGAGUUCUUCGUUGCGGAAGAGGUGAGGAAAUUUGCAGAAGAUCGACCUGAUGUCCUGACGGAAGACAUGUGCAAAGACAUCAUCAAAACUCUUCCUGAAAAAGCAGGAGCAAUGUUCAAACUAGCCGAGCUAUCUCUGAAGUAUAUUUUGGAUUCGCAAGCCCAGGAAACGAGGACCAAGAUCAAAGGCCACCUUGAACUUAUCAAGAACAGGCAUACCCAUAGUGUCUUUGGAUCUUUGAUACGGGUAUACGAAGACCUUUUCAACAAACACCUACCUUCAGACGAAGCCAAACGAUCAGAUGCAAUAGUGACUGCUGACAAGAUACUAUCCUGGAUCUUUGUCUCACUCCGUCCCCUGCGUCGAGAUGAAGCUAUACUACUUGCAGAUGAUCACUUUGACCCUGAAGGAGCUUCAGGAGGUAUUGAUGUGGUGGUUCGUAGCUUCAUCUUCGAGUCUGAAGCACAUGCUAUUCAGAUCCCACAUUCAUCAGUGUGGGAUUACCUAGCUGUGAGGCUCUCGAAUAAAGUCAUGGAGUUCACAAAGAGCGUGACGACAGCCGACCAGGAAGCAACCCUGGAUGAAGCAUGGAACGUAGCUAAGGAAAGGGCGCAUACUAGAGUUACUCAAGAUAGUAUCGAGUAUCUGCUCUCCACGAAUCAUGUCACCAUCACAGGCACAGAACCAAAAUCAACGAUUACUCUGCUUGAGUAUAUAGCAGAAAAUUGGUUUAAACACGCCAAGGUGGCAAAGGGCUUUACAGAUUUGACGGAAAAUCUGACAAAAUCGAUAAGCCAACUAUUCGAGAAAAAGAACGAGAGAGCGUUCAGGAAUUGUGUCCAGCUUUAUGACCCCGACUCCUGGUUUUACAAGUUUGCUAAGAAUUACGAGAAAGAUUACGACCCGACCCUAGGUCGUGGGCAGCAACUUUAUUACGCGAUUUCCAUCGGAUUCCCUCAGUUGGCAGGAAACAUCGUUGAUUUAAGAUCAGAGGAGACAAUCGAGAAGGAGGUCAACGCUAUUGGCGGCUUUUUCGGGACACCUUUGCAGUUAGCCUCCUAUAAAGGCUAUCGAGAGUUGGUAGCAAAGCUUCUAUCGAAAGGAUCUCGACCGAAUAUCGAGGCCGGGUUCUUCGGUACACCUCUGGAAGCUGCAGCUGCUGCAGGAAAUUUGCACAUUUGUGUGGACCUAUUUCAGCACGACGCGGAUGUUAACUUUCAAGGUGGCGUUCUCGGGAGUGCUUUCCAGGCUGCUCUAGCUAAAAAGUCUGACAAUGUUGUUGAGCUGUUGUUGAAUUCCGGGGCCAGAGUUGACAAAGUUCAUGGUGCUAUGUGGACCCGAGCUUUCGAAAGAUUGUCAUCAUCUGCAAAGAAAACCUAUAUUCGCAUGAUGAUCAAGAUAGGCAACGGCUUUCACUACCCGGAUCUGACAAUAGAACAAGAGAUCUUGGCUAUUGUCCUGAGGAUUUCGCGAGGAGAUGAAUUUCCAUUCGCGUUUGAGGAUCUGAAAGCUCUGAGAUCUAGUCGCGCAGUGCUGCCGGAUAACAAUCUGCGGCGUCACCUGGUCAAAGUUCUGCAGCUUGAUUUUCUACCCCGAAACAUUAACAUAGCUAAUCAUUUGAAAUUCUUCGAGCUUCUUGCGUCUCGGAGAGCGAUGAUUGAGCAGAUCAUAGAGAGACUUGAGAUUGGAGAUAUCCAUACUAUUGGAUUUGUCUCGGCACGGCUUCCGUGGGUUGCAAUUCUACGUAUAUUAGAACUUUUGCCCUUUCUCACGGAUCAGGAUCCAGCAGAGAGGGUGCGGCUCUUUGAACUGUGUUUCUAUCUUUUAGACACUAUGAGGAUCACCAGAUAUGAGGACUAUUUUAAGGAGGCUACCUUGACUGGCGAAAAUCAACUGGUGGAAUCAGUUUUGGUUCAGUUAUACGAGGCGAUUCUGCAACUCGUCCUCGCUAUCCACGAUCGCUGCUCAAAAUCAAGACUCACACGAGCUUUGUCGACAACGUCAAAUUCCCCAGGUUUUGAAGGAACUUACCCACGCACGUGAGGUGUUGGAUUUGUGUUGUCGUUCUAGCAACCUACCUGUGGAUACGAUAAAUGAGAUAAGGGUAGAAGAAUUGGAUCUGAGGCACCUUUGAAAAUUUCCUCAUAUGGGGACCUCGACACUAUCCGAGGCUCUAUGCUUCCCCAUAACCCGAAAAGAAUUUACUUCCUCAUUGAGGUCAAUCUCUACCACUAUUAAGACCGUAAUAUACCUAGGAACAGACAUAAUGACUACAACAACGCCUAACGGACAUUUGAUUAUCCGGGUUUCGCAAAGGUAUAAGCAUGGCAAUAUUCUGACGAUUGAUGUAGCAAAGAGAAUGCCAUUACUCCAGCAGUAUCAUGCCACAUCAUAGACCGCUGGGUCUGGAUUGGGCUAAGACUUUGGAAUUCAUCAGCUGUGAUGUGGACUGAGUUACAGAGGUAUUCGAAUAUUUUCGGGGAGGAAGUCUAGCCUCGCUUCGCUUCUC